CACAAAGGGGGUGAGAUGAGCCGGAGGAGGCGGCAGGAGAGGAAAUGCUUGGGCACAGACAUAACCACGGCCCCCGCCUGCGGGCUGGGUGCCAGCUCUGCGAGCAGGGCCCGGCUCCUGCCCCAGCCCCAGCCCCGUCCCGUCCCGGUGCCGGCCCCCCCGGGGGGGCAUCCCGGGCCCCGCCGCUGCCCCUCGGCGGCUGCUGCGCGGCCCCGCCCGGGACCGGGACGGUGGAACCGGGGCGGCGGCCGAUGGGCUGCGGGCCGGGGGUCGGGGGGCUGCGGGUGCCCGGUGCCCGGUGCCGGGCGGGGCGGAGGGGCCGAGGGGGGGGCGAGCUGGGCGCGGAGCCGCAUCCCGCGGAGGGGCGGGAGCUGCGCGCAGCCGGGCUGGCCCCGCGCCAUGCAGAGGAGGAGCAGCGGAGCUCCGGAGCGCAUUAAAACGCGAGGCUCGGCGGCGGCCGGGGGCAGCCUCCAGCUCCGGGGAGAGGCGGCGGAGAGCGGCGAGGGGCCGGGGAGAGGCGGCGGCGGCGGACCCGAACUUCGGCGGCGGUCGGCGGCGGCUCGGCCGGGCCCGGCGGUGGAUGAGGCUUUGUCGGCCGGGUCGCUGAGCCCCGCAGCCCCCCGCACCAUGCCCGCCGCGCUGCCCGGCCUGCUGGCCUGGCUGGCGGUGCUGCUGCUCGCCAGGGCCCCCCCGGCCGACGGCUGCAGCUGCUCGCCCAUCCACCCGCAGCAGGCUUUCUGCAACGCCGAUGUAGUGAUCCGAGCAAAGGCUGUCUCCGCCAAGGAGGUGGAUUCGGGGAAUGACAUAUACGGGAACCCCAUCAAGCGGAUCCAGUACGAAGUCAAGCAGAUCAAGAUGUUUAAGGGCCCUGACAAGGACAUCGAGUUCAUCUACACGGCGCCGUCCACAGCGGUGUGCGGCCAGCCGCUGGACACGGGAGGGAAGAAGGAGUACCUCAUCGCAGGCAAGUCAGAGGGCAACGGCAAGAUGCACAUCACGCUGUGCGACCUGGUGGCCACCUGGGACUCGCUGAGCCCGACCCAGAAGAAGAGCCUCAACCAGCGGUACCAGAUGGGCUGCGAGUGCAAGAUCUCGCGCUGCCUCUCCAUCCCGUGCUUCGUCUCCUCCUCGGAUGAGUGUCUCUGGACAGACUGGGCGAUGGAGAAGAUCGUGGGCGGGCGGCAGGCGAAGCACUACGCCUGCAUCAAGAGGAGCGACGGCUCGUGCGCCUGGUACCGCGGCAUGGCCCCCCCCAAGCAAGAGUUUCUCGACAUCGAGGACCCCUAAGCCAAACGAGCGCAUUCCAGUAGCCAGUAGAAAAAAACCUGCGAGAUGUUAGACUGGUCCACGCUGAUAUCAAGUCCUGGAGACAGCAUGCAAAUCCGCUCGGCCCCGCGGGUCCCCAGGGUGCGGCGCCGCGCUCAGCUCUGUCCCUGCCCCGCUCCUCGCCCCCCGCGGGGUCAGCGGGGCCGGGGGCUUCCUCCCCGCCGGGGCCACGUCCCCUCCCGGCCCCGCUCAGCCCUUGUGCCCCUGAGAGCUGCGAAGGAAGCGAACGCCCGCGAGCGGCGGGCGCCGUCCCCAGUCUGCGUAGCCGGUCUACCAGGGGCCCCGCCGCGGGACGGAGCCGCCCCCACGCCUCUCACCAGACCCCGUCCCGACGCCCGUCCCUCCCCUGGGGGUGCCAGGAGGCUGCAGCAGGGCACCGCGGGCGUGCACGGCGCCAGCAGCUCCCACGCAGGCAUCCCACCCACCCACAAAAGCCACGGGGGGGGCGUUGGUGCAGCCGGGUGCCCCCUCGCCAUGGGCUGCAGCCCCGCUGCCCGUGCGCUCCUCUCCGCGGUCGGGCACGUUGUGGGGGCUCUGGCCCAGGGCAAGCCCCGGGGUGGGCGAGCGCUGCGCCCGGGGCCCUCCGGUGCCACCGCCGAGGGGCUCAGACCCCCCCACCCCGGCUGGGCCGGCACCCCUGGCCGUGCUGGAGCCCGUCCCCAUGCAGGAUGGGCACCAGGGCUGGGAGCCCCCAGCUGCGGGGCUGCCGAUCGCCGUCGCACCCUGUGUGGAUCGGGGCCCCCUGGGCGCCCCCCCUGCGGUGCAGGACCCCCGUCCCCUUGUCCCGUCCCCCCCCCGGGCCCCGCUUUCUCUGAGCCAUUGUCCCUCUGCGGCGGCGCCCCGUGCGCUCGGUGGCGCGGCCGGCCCCGGCUCGUGCGCGCAGCCCCCGCCGCAGCGAUUUCAUGCUGGGCGUCCCCGCAAGGCUCCACGAUGUCGUACUGGACCAGUCUGGGCAACUUCGACGUAUUAAAGGAAAAAAAAAAAGGAAAAAAAAAAAAAAAAAAAGGUUAAAGGAAAAAAAAGCCCCAGCCGCCCUCUAACCAGUGCCAUGUAAGAGUCCCGCUCGCUUCCCGUGCGGUUGUAUCAGCUCGCGCCCCGCUCCGCUGGUAGUCUGCCCUUAACACUGCCGUGCUGCCGUCA